GAAAAAGCUUUCAAGAAACCAGAACAAUACUUACUGCACUGAACUCUAUUCCUUUUCUACAGUAGGAAGUCAGCAUCAAACUAAACCAUGGGACAGAAGGGCACAUGGAAAAAGAAAGAACAGACUUUUCAAGCAAGGGGAGGUACUUAUGGAAUAUGCAGGAGUAUGUACUGGAAAACAAAUUACUAGUUUCUUUUUCUUUGAUUUAUACUGUUUACCCUAAGGCCUUGCUUCAUUUUCUCAAUGGGGAAAAAAGGACACUGAAAGCUAAUCCUCUGUGUGAAACGACACUGAUGAUGUCACUGAUAAGAGUGGACCUUAUUGCCUGGGAUUUACAGAGCACCAAGUUUUGUGGUGAAGUCAACACACUGGAUGGAAGCAACACCAUGCAGAGGGACCUUGAGAGGCUUGACAGGUGGAUCUAUGGAAAACUCAUGAAGUUCAACAAGGCCAAGUGCAAGGUCCUGCAUCUGAAUCAGGGCAAUCCCAACCGCAAAAAAAGGCUGGUCAGUGAAUGGAUUAAGAGCAGAUCUGGGGAGAAAAACUUGAGGGUGUUGGUAAAUGAGAAGCUCAACAUGACUCAGCAAUUUGUGGUUGCAGCCCAGAAAAACAACUGUAUCCUGGGCUUCGUCAGAAGAAGUCUGACCAGCAGUUUGGCAGAGGUGAUUCUACUCGUCUACUCUGCUCUUGUGAGACCCCACCUGGAUGGCCCAGAUUGGAAAUGUGUGCAGGAAACAACGUUGGUGCAGGGCUGUACUUCCCUUGGCAGGUCUUUUCCAUCCUCACUGUCUCUGGAGCUUGUGUCUCUCUGA